GAAAGUUGUUGUUUUGGAGGGCAGAGGAGCCGCUCUCUGGUGUUAUGUCCUCUCAGUGCCUGUAGUGGUGCUGUAGGAGGCUGCUAAGCUCUUUUCUUGAGCGGCCCCAGCAGUCCUGCCUUCUUUGCUGGAGAAUAUAUUCAGGGAUUCCCCUUAAUAAUCACCUACCCUCUGAGCACUUUGUAGUUUUAAAAUAAUAAAGAGCUCCCGGUCAAAGCUUUCUUUUCUUCUAAAAGCAGGAAUCUUUCUCCUCAGAGCCAGGGGGGCAGCAACAGCUCCUCAGCACUGAAGCAGCUCCGAGCCCAUUCCCCGGUCCCUCUGCUGGGGAGGAAACUCUGGUCUGUCAGCCCAACAGAGGGAAAGGGGGGAGAGGAGAGAAAAAAAAGCAGCUGGAAAGACAAUCUGAUUCAUCUUGACUCGUCGUCAUUCUGGGAUAGUGGUGUCCCUGGGGCUCUCUGCUAACAUUGACAUGAUAGAGAAGAUUUAAAUUUGGCUGAUGUUCACAAGGAAAAGAGUCACGUGAUGUAUGAAGGCAAACACAUACACUUUUCUGAGGUUGACAAUAAGCCGUUGUGCUCGUACAGCCCCAAACUGUGCAAGCAGAGGCGACUUAACGGCUACGCCUUCUGUAUCAGACACGUUCUGGAGGACAAGACCGCUCCCUUCAAGCAAUGUGAAUAUGUGGCCAAGUACAAUAGCCAACGCUGCACCAACCCCAUCCCCAAAUCUGAGGACCGUAGGUACUGCAACAGUCACCUGCAGGUUCUUGGUUUUUUACCGAAAAAGGAGAGGAAGAAAAAGAAUGAUCCGAUAGAGGAGGUAAAAGUUCGGCACCAGAUGGAUUCUAUGGCCUUCAGUCUGACAGUUCCUCCACUGGCCUUGAAGAUACCCAAUGGCCUUGAUGGAAUGUCCCUCUCUCCACCAGGGGCCAGGCUUCCUCUCCAUUACUUGGAAGCAGAAUUGGAAGACCCCUUUGCUUUCCAUGAGGAAGAUGAAGAACUCAAGAAAGGGGCAACAGUGAAGAAAAAGUUGCAGAGCAAAUUAGCCCAGAACAGACAACGUCAGAAAGAGACAGAGAUUCUGAAAGUUCGCCAAGAGCACUUUAGCCCCCUUCCUGCACCUUUGCAGCAACAGCAGCCUCUGCAGCAGCAACAGCAGCAGCACUCCCAUCUCUUGCCAUUAUCAACUUCUUUAAAGCCAGCAGGGCUCCCGCAGGGCCUAGUCUGCAAGUCACCUCAACCUCAGAACACCAGCCUACCAGUGCAGGGAGUGACACCCACCACACACACUAUAGCACAAGCCAGGCAGUUGUCUAACAAAAGACCGCUGCCUCCCUUGCACCCCACCAGGGCUCCUGGCCCAGACCCACCCAGGGUUGACAGGAUCCUUAUGAAAGCCACAGCCUUCUCUCCACACUCAUCCUGUAUGAGCCGGCUACAGAGACUGGUGAAACUGUGCACUCAGAAACAGCAGCUGGAUGCUGAUCUGUUCCCGCAUUUAGGGUUGGACUGGUCUGAAGAUAGUGGAGAAGAAUUGGAAGAACUGGAACAAACCUCGCCAUACGAAGUUGCAUGGUCUAUCCGAGAAGCCCUCAGAUAUGAAAGGAAUGAGCCAGAUUAUGAUGAUGAUGAUGCUAGCGGCAGGAGUUCCCGGAUUUCCCAACUUUGCACUUACUUUCAGCAGAAAUACAAGCACCUCUGCCGCCUGGAGCGGGCAGAAUCUCGUCAGAGGAAAUGCCAACAUACAUUCCGGAAAGCAUUGCUGCGGGCAGCCAGCAGAGAGCCGGAGUGUGCUGGGCAGCUGAUACGAGAACUCCGAAGAGCUUCAUGUACUCUGACCAGCACAAGCCAAGUGAAACAGAGGGAUGCAUCACCAUGUAGAGGAACCACGAAGGGCGAACCAUGCACCAAUAAGGCUCUUCCGUUCACUAAACAUUGUUUUCAACAUAUCCUCUUGAACAGGUCACAGCAGCUUUUCUCAAGCUGUACGGCCAAGUUUGCAGAUGGACAGCAAUGCUCCGUGCCAGUUUUUGACAUUACGCAUCAGACACCCCUGUGUGAAGAACACGCCAAAAAAAUGGAUAACUUCUUGAGAGGAGACAGCUGCCGUAAAGUUCAACAUCAGCAGCAGAGGAAACCCAGGAAAAAAACAAAGCCACCUGCUCUUACCAAAAAACACAAGAAGAAGAGAAGGCGAGGGCCGCGACGUCCCCAAAAACCAAUUCCUCCUGCUGUGCCCCAAGGAAACCUCAGUAUGCCCACCAGCGUGUCACUGCCAAUGGAAGUCUCCCAUAUACGGAGCCCUUCCACACCGGAGCUGAGUACAGAUGAGCUGCCAGAUGACAUUGCCAAUGAAAUCACAGACAUUCCACAUGACCUCGAAUUGAAUCAGGAGGACUUCUCAGAUGUCCUACCACGGUUGCCUGAUGACUUGCAAGACUUUGAUUUCUUUGAAGGUAAAAAUGGAGACCUACUACCUACUACCGAAGAGGCAGAGGAGCUGGAACGGGCCUUGCAGGCUGUGACGUCUCUUGAGUGCCUGAGUACUAUAGGAGUGCUCACACAGACAGAUGGUGUGCCAGUUCAGGAACUAUCAGACAGAGGGAUAGGGGUGUUUUCCACAGGUGCUGAAACUUCAGGAAUUCAGUCCUUGAGUCGAGAUGUCAACGCAGAUCUAGGUGAGCUGCUGAAUGGGCGUAUAGUGCAUGAUGACAAUUUCUCUAGCCUGGACCUGGAUGAGAGCUUGCUCCGUUCUGCUACCUUAUCCAACCCACCUACGCCCCUGGCAGGGCAGAUUCAGGGGCAAUUCUCUGCUCCAGCCAAUGUUGGCCUUACUUCUGCCACUCUGAUAAGCCAGAGUGGGCUUGGGGAGAGAGCCUUCCCAGGACAAUUUCAAGGACUUCAUGAUGGCAGCCAUGCCUCCCAGAGGCCACAUCCUGCCCAGCUGCUAAGCAAGGCAGACGACUUAAUCACCUCACGACAGCAAUACAGCAGUGACCAUUCACACUCCUCACCCCAUGGAAGCCAUUAUGACAGUGAGCAUGUGCCGUCGCCCUACAGUGAUCAUAUAACGUCCCCCCAUGCCGCCUCCUAUUCUGGCGAUAACUUGGCAGCUACUUUCUCCACAGAGAUGCCCAUCAUAGCACAGCAUCUGCUCCCUUCGCAACUGGAGGUGCCGCUUAGUGGGGUGGUGAAUCCCAGAACUCACUGGGGAAACCUCCCUGUGAACCUUGGCGAACCUUCUCCGUUCAGCAACCUGCUUGGUGCAGAUGGACACCUGCUUUCCACUUCCUUGUCCACGCCACCUACCACAUCGCACUCAGAGACCACGCAGCCUGCCUUCGCCACCGUGACCCCCAACAGCUCCAGUGUGCUUCCGGGGUUACCACAGACCAGUUUCAGUGGCAUGGGUGCUGGAUCUCCUGAACUCAUGGCCUCCACUUCCCCAAAGCAGCAGCUUCCUCAGUUCAGUGCAGCCUUUGGCCACCAACUGAGCUCCCACAGUGGCAUUCCCAAGGACCUGCAGCCCAGCCACAGUUCCAUAGCUCCUCCCACAGGCUUCACAGUAACAGGUGCCACAGCUACUAGUACCAAUAAUGCAUCUGCUCCCUUUACCACCUCCAGCUGAGCUCAUCUGCCUGUGAAUUUCUGGCAGUUGGGGACCUUAUGUUCCCUCCCACCACCGCCCCACUCAGCUCAAUCUUCUCUUUUCCUGAUUUUUGUCAUCUCCUUCUUUUUAAAGACUUUUUUAAAAUUUAGAAAUAAGAGGGGGCAAAAAGUCCUGACUCAGUACAGACCAGGGUUUUCCUGUCGCUGUGCUCUGCUCUCUUGAUCUUAUGUGCUGUUUAUGUAUUGGUGCUCAUUUACUCCUGGCAGAUUUUGCUAUACCUACCCAGUUAAAUGUCCCAGUUGAGGAAUACAGCGCAGAUACUGGAUGUAAAUGACCUUUGAUGAGGAACCUGUGACCCUCCUAGAUGUUGCUGGACUAGAGUUUCCAUAAUCCCUGGCCUCUGGCCAUGCUGGCGGGAACUGGGGUCCAACAACUCUGGACAGCCACAGAGUCCCCAGGCCUGCCUUAGACUGAGAAAUGAGAAGGUGGAUAUAAUUGACCCUAGAACCAGAAAUGAGAUGAUACCUCAGAUAAAACUAAUGCAAGUCCCUAGAUCUCAGAUUGGAGUUUUCAGUCCCAUUACCCUUUGGGUACGAGGAGGGGAGUUGCUUUAUUUUUAAGAGUGCAAAUGGGAUGAAAUGUAGAUCAACCUUUUGAUUUGGUAUUUGGGCAUUGUAGAAUUAAGCCCAUAGUUCAGCUGUUAAUUCUGUCAGCUUAGCAAUGGGCUCUUGACCUCUUCUAUGAGUGUAAGGGUAUGCGUGUGUAUUUGUGUAUGUGUGUAUUUGUUGGGUAAAUGACAGUUCUUUUCUUUCCUGCCCUAAGAAAUCAUCUCAAAACUAGUUGACUAUUCAUACUGCAAGCUAAUUUGAAACUGGCAGAACUGUGUUACCUUUUUCCUUUCAAACCAGUAUAAGAUCAGAAUGAGUAAUCUUACAAAGUCAUCUCCUGAAAAUUCCUACAGCAGUAGUGAGCCCAUAUAGUGCUCCAUAGUUUAGAAAUAUUUAGAUAUUUUAAAAAAUCUUUUGUGCAAAGUCAGUUGUGGGAAAGAACAGGUAUGCUAACUAGAACAUUAGCUGCUGAACUUAACAAAAAAGUAUAGGCAUUUUCCUGUCUAAUCAGUGGUCUUGCUAAUAAUUAAUAUAUUUCUAGAGUCAGGGAUUUUAUUAGUAUCACUUCAGGUUCCCUGAAAAGCCACAACAAUCAAACUGUAAGGAGUUUGUCAGAAUAAAGGGAGCUUCCUCCACAAAACAUUCUUUAUCAAGCAUCCUGCAGUUAAUGUCUCUCCUACUUCCUCUCCCCACUCUAUACAAGCCUUGCAGCUGUGGUGAUUUUGAUUUUCCCCGCCCCAAAAAGAGGAUUGUGCCAUUUGUUUUCUCGUGAAGUCAAGUUCUGCUCAGUGGAGGCAAUUCUUAUAAUUUGUAUUUGUUAUUUUAUUUUUUCUGGGGUGGAAAUGGAAAGAAUGGCCAUCUAUUCUUAAGAACAGGCUUCAUUAUAUCUUAUGGUAACAGAUUUGGACUGUACAUAAUUUCAUCUUCUUUUAUAAUAAAAAAGAUAUGAAGAUGGAAGGCACAUUCUAACAGAGUAUUUUAAUUGGUCUGAGAUUGGGAACAAGAAAUAGCUCAGCUUUCCCUUUGUGUCUGAAGCAGUUAUUUCCUGUCCUAGCUUUUCUAUUCCACUUACAAAUGGUUCACAAGUAAAAAUAUCGUUCAGGCAUCCUGCUACUCCCAAACCUUUGGGGAGAGGAGGGUUUCAGAAAUUGCUGUCCGUAUCCCAUCAAUUCAAACUAUUGCCGCCUUUUUAAAAAGACUGCUUAUUGUUUUGAAAGGGUGAGAGAGUUUGCCCCUGAAAAAGUGUCACUGGAAAACAUUUUGAUGCUUUUGAACCUUGUGAAAUCUUCCUCCGUCCCAACAUUUGAAAUUGAACUGUAUAAUAAACACCAAAGUGUGGUCCAAAUUAUAUUUGUAAUGUAUCUGUUUUAAGCCACAUAAAGAGCUGAAGUAAAGCUCCUUGCAUUGUCCUUAUUCUACAUUAAUGCACAGUGUAUUGUGAAACAAUGCCCACCCCUCCCCACAAAAAUCCUGGUACUUGUGCUAAAUAGAAAAAUUGUUUUUG